AUGGAUUUAACAUUACUAUCUAGUGACAGUGACAGUGAUUUGGAAAUGCUAGCUCAGUUAUCUGACUCGAGUGAUGAAGAUGAAACCCUACGCCGCACUCCAAAGAGAAUCAGAAGAGUGAACUAUACGCAAAGUCUCGAUGACGGUGAUUUUACCUUUAGGUUUCGAUUGAACAAACAUGCGUUCAAUUCUUUAUUGUUAGAAAUAACCCCAUUAUUACGAGUAACAUCCACGAGAAAUUACGGAGUUUCACCAUUGCAUCAACUUUUGUUGACCCUACGGUUUUAUGCACUAGGCACAAUGUUGAUAUCCGUAGCAGAUUUUGUUGGAGUUUCAAAAUCUACAGCAGGCAGAAUAGUGCGAGACACAUCAUCAGCAAUUGCCCAAUUAUAUGAUAAAUAUAUUUAUGUUCAUCGAAGGAGUGCAGACAAAUUCUAUAGAAUUGCUGGAUUUCCUCGCGUGCUUGGGGCAAUUGAUGGCACACAUAUCCGCAUACAGUCUCCUUGUAAGUAA